CUCGUCGUUUCGAUUUGCGGCAACGACAGCCGCCGCUGCUAAACGCGUCGCAUGUGCACUCCGCCAUUAACAACAUAGUUUUAGAUCAAUUACUAAGAAAUGUCAUUUCAUUACUUUUUUUAGCUUAGCUGAUUCUACUGCUAUAUUUAGUAUAGUACUGUGUGAUGCUAUAGUAGUGUAUGUUUGUAAAGGACUACUAUAAUUUCAUUGAUUUCAAUAAUUUUCAUUCUAGGGUUUGCUUAAAUCGAAAACUUGGAUUUCCAUCUUAAAUCAAUUUCAUUGAUUUCAUAUAGCAAAAUCGCGGCCGCGUAAAUCCUUUUGCGAUUUCAGUCAGUAUAAGUGCGAAUUAACCAUAAUUUGUUCUUUAACAUAAAAACGGUGAAUAACGGUAUUGGUAUUGGUAUUGGUAUUGGUAUUGGCACCUGCGAAUACCGUUUUGUUGCGGCGGUUUUUGCGGUCGCGGAAGUCUUGCUAAUUUUUGCCUUUUCAUGGAUAAACCGGAGGCCGAAUCAAAUAUGGGUACAUCUGUUAUGAACAAGGAAAACUAUAGUGGCAGGAGCUGGAAGCAGAAAGAGUUGUUUUUCUUGGUGACUUAUGUACUUGUUUUCUAUGUUAUCAUCAUUAGACGUUCCCUUCAACUCUCUCAUGAUCACUACACAAAACUAUUCGGUUUACGUCCAGGAUGGCUUAUACCUCAUCACCUCAAUGAUGUCUCAGAUGCUCAAUGGAGGAAUUUUCGAGGAAAUUUACCUGUUCUAACUCUUGUCUUUGGAGUUUUCACUCUUCUGGCCAACUUGAUGAGGGCUUUCUUCAAUUUGAAAGUGAGAGGAAUGUCCAUUAUCUGGCUUUUAUUUUCUUUCGUCUACCUAUCAUAUCUGCAUGGAGCAUGCGUGAUAUUUGUGCUCUCAAUAGCGACUAUUAAUUUUCUUCUUGUUAAGAUAUUUGCAAGGAAAAAGUACUUUCCACUUAUACUUUGGAGUUACAACAUAUUUUUUCUUGUCUGUAAUCGGAUUUAUGAAGGAUAUUCUUUCUCUAUGUUUGGGCAACAAUGGAGAUUUUUGGACAAUUCCCGGGGCAGCUUUAGGUGGCACAUAUGUUUCAACUUUGUUGUUUUGCGGAUGAUAAGCUUUGGAUUGGAGUAUCAUUGGACAAAUGAAGAUUCUCAUUUUGAUCUGGAGAAACAUUCUCAACGUUGUCAUAUUUGCAAAUCAGGAAACACAUGCUAUCAAGCUUUACAGGAGAGAAGUCUGCAUGUUGACAAGUUUGGAUAUGUCGUAUACCUUUGUUAUUUGGUCUAUGCACCACUUUAUAUUGCUGGUCCAAUAGUGAGCUUCAACGCUUUUGCCUCACAGCUAGAUGUUCCUCAAAAUAGUAGUUCAGUUAGAGAUGUGAUACUCUAUGGUUUCCGUUGGUUAUUGUGUUUUAUCCUUAUGGAGCUCAUGACACAUCUAUUCUACUAUAACGCCUUUGCUAAUAGUGGAUUGUGGAAGCACUUGUCUGCUAUGGACGUGUUCAUAAUUGGAUAUGGGGUCUUAAACUUCAUGUGGCUAAAGUUUUUAUUGAUCUGGCGCUUUUUCAGGUUUUGGUCACUGGUGAAUGGAAUUGAGGCUCCAGAAAAUAUGCCAAAAUGUAUUAAUAACUGCCACAGCUUGGAAGGCUUUUGGAAGAAUUGGCAUGCUUCCUUUAACAAAUGGCUUGUGAGGUAUAUGUAUAUUCCUCUUGGAGGAUCUCGGAAAAAGCUCCUAAAUGUAUGGGUUGUAUUCACUUUUGUUGCCAUCUGGCAUGAUUUAGAAUGGAAGCUUCUUUCAUGGGCGUGGUUGACAUGUUUAUUCUUUAUCCCUGAGUUGGUAUUAAAAUCAUCCGCAAAAGCAUUUCAGGCUCAAAGCUCUUUUCGGGAAUUUGUAUUUCGUGAACUCAGUGCUGUUGCUGGUGCCGUCACAAUCACUUGUCUCAUGGUGGCAAAUCUGGUUGGUUUUGUUAUUGGACCAAGUGGUAUUAAUUGGUUACUUUCUUCUUUUCUUCACAAGGAAGGGUUGCCUGUCCUUGGGGGCUUGCUUACGACAUUUUACGUUGGAACAAAGUUGAUGUUUCACAUAGAAGAAGUAAAGAAAACGUCGCCCUGAACCGGGAAAAUGCAUGACCAUGGUACUUGGUGCAAAUUCAUGUUUAAUGCUGGGAGUUUCAUAUCUGAUACAGAAUGGUUUGUUUGACUUGGAGGUAUCUGUUGGUAUGAUUCUUGACCUAUUUUUCAGAAUUGCAGAUGCAUUGUACAUCAAAAUGGAAGUCACACGAUCAAAUUUUGUACACAAUGUAAAAAACAUUGGUAACAGGAAACGAAUAGGGUAGAUUCAUAAUGAAACUCGGAUUCCUCCUUCGCCCUCGCUUUUUCAUAGCUGAGAAAAUGAUCAAAUCUCAAAUGUGUUGACAUCGCGUACACUGCAAAAAAAGUUUUUUGUUCUCUCGUGUUGUUUUCCAAGAAUCUGUUUGUAUAUCAGUAGUUCCAAUCUUUUGCAAAACUAUUUCAAUGAUCUUUGUUUA